AUGAAUCGCCAACGGACAAAAGGGUGCUCCAUCCUUAGUAGCGUCGAGCACUCCUUCGAGCCUCAACUCUCUGCACCGGCCUUCAUGUGCCAAAAUGCCCGCUCCACAGAGGCUUCCGACACCGUAGCCCUGGACGCCCACCGCGACGCCCGCCAACUCGUUCGUCUGAUCCAAUGUCCACGAUGCUCCAAGCCUCUGAGCACCCCGGUCACCCUGCCUUGUGGCCAUACCGUCUGCCGCGCCUGCCUCCCGCCUCCACAACCUCGCACCAACGUAUCGUACCCCAACACACCAGACCGUCUCAUGGGCAUUGCAUGUCCAUUGCUGGGUUGCGGGGCCGAACACGCCUCGGCGGAGUGUUCUGUCGACGUAACCCUGGCCAAGUUGAUGGAGCUAAUCAAGAUGGAAAUGACCAAACAUGCCGCAACCACGGAAAACACCCCGACGCUUCUCGUUGAAUUGCUCCAGCCUGAAGACGAUGCAUCCAUGGACGAGAAAGAAAAGGAGACGUCUGCACGCCAAGGCCACCAGCAGGAACUGCACGGCGGCCAUCUUGCGUCUGCAUUUACCAUGGCUGACCUGGGCAACCUCCGGUACACUUCCGAGAUCCGCUACCAGUCACUCUCGGGAAGUGGGGACGAUUACGAACACCUCGACUUGAUGCUAUUGGAACGCCUAAGGGAAGUAAUACACAAGGAGCUAGACUGCCUCGUCUGCUACAACCUGAUGCUGGACCCUACAACAACGUCGUGCGGUCAUACAUUUUGCCGCCGUUGUCUUGCCCGCGUCAUGGAUCACAGCAGCAUUUGCCCGUUUUGUCGAAGAGGGCUGCAUGUCCCUGCUUCAUUGCAGAACCAGUCAAGCAACGUCAUACUCAACUCUCUGUUGAAUGGACUCUGCCCAGACUUGGUAGGUGCUCGGGCAGAUGCUCUCAAGGCUGAAGAGCAGGCGGGCGACAACGUGCUAAAUGUUCCACUCUUCAUCUGCACCCUGUCGCUUCCAUCCAUGCCCACCUUUCUUCACGUCUUUGAGCCCCGCUACCGACUCAUGAUGCGACGUGUCAUCGAGGGCAACAGGCAGUUUGGUAUGGUCAUGUACAACCGCACACGCGCUCCACAAGGCGAUUUGGGUUCAGUUCCUUUUCUGGAAUAUGGCACGCUACUGGAAAUUGUCAACUACGAGCUUUUGCGCGAUGGGCGUAGCUUCAUCGAAACACGCGGCGUAGGCCGAUUCAAGGUGAGAGCGCACGGCAUGCUUGAUGGAUAUCACGUCAGCCGCAUUGAACGUGUUGAGGAUGUUUCCCUUGCGGAGGAAGCAAUACUAGAGCAGCGCGAAACCACAAUGGCACGUGACUAUGCUGAAGCCUUCUUCCGCGAUCACCCGCAGACCCAGCUCCCCACCGAGGUUGCUAUUGAAACCUUAUCCACACAACAACUGCUCGACAGCUGCACAGCUUUUGUUCGAGAGAUGAGAGAGGCCAGCGCACCCUGGCUCCGCGAGCGUAUCAUCCAGGUGUAUGGCGAGCCACCAGAGGACCCUGCCAUUUUUCCAUAUUGGUUUGCUUCCGUCGUACCUAUCGUGGAAGAGGAAAAGUACAUUUUGCUGCAAACAGAACGGGUCCGCGAGCGCCUCAAGAUUGUAUACUCGUGGAUUGGUAGGAUCCGCGGCCAGCGCUGGUCCUCGGGCAAUUCAUGCAGCAUCCUGUGA